AAUUAAUACAGGAAGCAUAACAAAUAUUUUUGAUUAAACUUAUAAGAUAAUACCAAUGUAUGCUGUAUAAAUUAUUUUAUACAUAGAAGAUAAGAGAGGAAAUUAUUACAGGUCAAAAUAAUUAUAAUAUCAGAUUAGGUACAAUCAUAAUCCUGAUUCAUGUAAUAUUUUGUUAUUGAAUUAUAUUUAAUAACAAUCAUUUAUUAAAGCAAGUGGAUUGAAUAUAAAUGUUCCCUCAAGAAAAUGCAAAUUUAAAAAUGUUAACUGAUUAGUUUUAUAGAUAGUAAUUCAACUUAAUAAAAAGAAUCUCUGUUUUGCUUUGAAGAAUUCUCUAAAAAAAAUUAAUAUGAGUUGGAGAUGAUUGCUAAAAAGAGAGAAGUGUGAUACAUUUAUGCAGUAUAAUUUAAAGAAUGAAAGAUUUGACCAAAUAAAGAAAGAUGUUCUUAUUUAAAAAUUCAAAUUACCGAUGUAUUUUUA